UGGUGACACUGAGGGUAUAAAUUGGGGCUGGGCUCAGGGUGUGCAUUCACAUCAAAGGCCAACAUGAAGACAGGCACAGUCUUUGUUCUGGUGGCUUUCAUCAUCUUGGGGAUGGACAUGGCCUUCGCUUGGAGACUUCCUCAUGGAGGGAGAAAUAGACCUGGAUUCUGCCCCAAGGUGCCCAAAGGAACCGUUGGGAUUUGUGAUAACAGCUGCUCAGGAGAUGACUCAUGUCCCAGGGGAAUGAAAUGCUGCAGAAAUGGAUGUGGCCAUGUAUGCCUACGUGCUAUCCAUGUGGUGCCCGAAGGAGCCGUUGGGAUUUGUGCUGACAGCUGCUCAGGAGAUGACUCAUGUCCCAGGGGAAUGAAAUGCUACAGCAAUGGAUGUGGCCGACAAUGCCAACCUGCUGACCAUAGGGUGCCCGAAGGAGCCGUUGGGAUUUGUGCUGACAGCUGCUCAGGAGAUGACUCAUGUCCCAGGGGAAUGAAAUGCUACAGCAAUGGAUGUGGCCGACAAUGCCAACCUGCUGACCAUAGGGUGCCCGAAGGAGCCGUUGGGAUUUGUGCUGACAGCUGCUCAGGAGAUGACUCAUGUCCCAGGGGAAUGAAAUGCUACAGCAAUGGAUGUGGCCGACAAUGCCAACCUGCUGACCAUAGGGUGCCCGAAGGAGCCGUUGGGAUUUGUGCUGACAGCUGCUCAGGAGAUGACUCAUGUCCCAGGGGAAUGAAAUGCUACAGCAAUGGAUGUGGCCGACAAUGCCAACCUGCUGACCAUAGGGUGCCCGAAGGAGCCGUUGGGAUUUGUGCUGACAGCUGCUCAGGAGAUGACUCAUGUCCCAGGGGAAUGAAAUGCUACAGCAAUGGAUGUGGCCGACAAUGCCAACCUGCUGACCAUAGGGUGCCCGAAGGAGCCGUUGGGAUUUGUGCUGACAGCUGCUCAGGAGAUGACUCAUGUCCCAGGGGAAUGAAAUGCUACAGCAAUGGAUGUGGCCGACAAUGCCAACCUGCUGACCAUAGGGUGCCCGAAGGAGCCGUUGGGAUUUGUGCUGACAGCUGCUCAGGAGAUGACUCAUGUCCCAGGGGAAUGAAAUGCUACAGCAAUGGAUGUGGCCGACAAUGCCAACCUGCUGACCAUAGGGUGCCCGAAGGAGCCGUUGGGAUUUGUGCUGACAGCUGCUCAGGAGAUGACUCAUGUCCCAGGGGAAUGAAAUGCUACAGCAAUGGAUGUGGCCGACAAUGCCAACCUGCUGACCAUAGGGUGCCCGAAGGAGCCGUUGGGAUUUGUGUUAACAGCUGCUCAGGAGAUGACUCAUGUCCCAGGGGAAUGAAAUGCUACAGCAAUGGAUGUGGCCGAGAAUGCCAACCUGCUGACCAUAGGGUGUCUAUUUUUUGACAUGCAGUCCCAGAAGAUGAAGAUCUAAAGUGAUGGAGUGGCCAAUUCUAAAGAGUUUGUGUACAAAAUAAAUCUUACCUGUGGCA